AUGUAUCGCGUAUUAACAGUUUUAUUUUUCGCGUCGACAUGCCAUUGCAAAACGGAGUUUAGUGGCCGCGCGAGAAACUUUAGCAUCGAACUUUUGCAUUACACCGCACAAGAGACCGGUGGACAUGUUGUGAUAUCGCCUUUCGGUGUUUGGACCCUUAUGACCGGUGUCGCCCUUGGUGCGACAGGCAAAAGUUACGACCAGUUGACUAAGGCGUUUGUACUUCCCAAAAACCCGAACACUAUAAUCAACGGCUACACGAAUCUAUCACGGGCCGUGCUCAGCCACACACCGUCUGUGAGUUUAACGAGCAAGAACUUCGUGUUCCUAGAUCACGGUUUCACGAUCUACGAAGAGUUUAGGAGGACAAUACAAGAUGAUUUUGGCGCGGCGAUUCAAACUUUGGACUUUAAAGACUCAGACAAGGCCGCAGAAGCCGCUAAUAAUAUCAUACAGAAGUCCGGAGCAACUGUAUCUAAUGUUUUACGAUCGGAUGAUUUUACUGAAUCGAGAAUGAUUUUAACAAACGCUAUCUCGUUUAAAGGUCUUUGGGCACUGCCUUUUAACACAACAGAAACAACGGUCGAGCCGUUCUAUGACGAGAACAACAAACGAAUAGGAAAAGUGAACAUGAUGUAUCAAAAAGCAGCAGUGCCUUUUUCGAACAUAAGAGAUAUGAAAGCGCUUGCGUUAGAACUGCCUUAUGGGAACGAUGGAAAAUAUUCCAUGUUAGUGCUACUGCCUUAUCCUAAGAUUAAAGUUGCUGAUGUGUACAAGAAGUUCGAGAUAGUGAGCAUAAAGGGUAUUUUCGAUCAGCUCCAAAAGGAUGUGGACGAAUUCGGAUUAGAAGAGAUAGACGUCAGACUGCCACGUUUCCGUAUUAGCACAAACGUGGUUCUGAACAAACCACUUGGUUAUAUGGGUGUUAACGACAUUUUCGAGCCGAACUUAGCGAGCUUCGGGCGAGUCACAAAAGAGGAGAUCUUCGUAUCGGCCAUUGUACAUAAAGCCGAUAUAGAGGUAACGGAAUCCGGAACGGUAGCAUCAGCUAGUACAUCGGCUUAUUUAGCUGAUAGAAUCGCGUCACCAAAUUUCUUAGCAAAUCGACCCUUCAUAUACUUUGUUAUGGAAAAAACCACAACGACUGUGAUAUUCGGUGGCAUUUACUCGAAACCUACAAUAUUUUAG